AAAUAUUAAAAAAUAACAAAAUGGCCCUUUUGUGCCUCGCCACUCUGGGUCGAACCGAGCAAAAAUCUUGAAACAGUGAAGGGGGUUUUGUGGAUGGAUUGUGGGGAAAUUUGAUAAAGAUUGAUUUGGGUUUGCAGUUUUUUAGAUUUGGAUUUUUUGGUUUGGUAUAAUGGAUGGAGAUAAUAGUUUGAAUAUAAGUAAUUGGGGUUACUAUGAGCCAACAAGCUCCUUUAAAGGUCAUAUGGGUGGACAGUUUUCGUCAUUGGGUAUGCCUGACAAGCCUCUUGUUGGUGCUCGAAAUGCUGCUGCAAUGAUGGCUAGUGCCACUGGAGCGCUUGACGAGAGGGAUGUGUACUCGAUGGGGUAUUUGAGGGAUGCUUGGAUUAGCCGGGAACGGUUUGUAAAUGUGUUGCCUGGAAAUUUUGAUUAUGGCAUUGUGCCGGAGACAUCCACAGAUCAUUGUAUGCAGAUUAAUCAAGUAACAGAGUGUACGGAUGAAAUGGUUAAUCAAGUAGAAGAGGUGGUCUGUCAAAAGGAUGGUGGGGGUACCAGGAAAAGGCAGGGCCCCAAAGCACCUAAAUCUCCAAAGAAAGCUAAGAAAGGCCCUCAAGUGCUGAAAGGAGAGAAUGGUUCCGUGGCUCAACAAGCGAGGUCAAAAAGGAAACCUGCAGAAAUUAUGAUAAAUGGGGUUGAUAUGGACAUUUCUAGUAUUCCCAUACCGGUUUGCUCUUGUACCGGGACACCUCAGCAGUGUUAUCGCUGGGGCUGUGGUGGGUGGCAAUCUGCAUGUUGUACAACAGCGUUGUCAUUGUAUCCCUUGCCAAUGAGUACCAAAAGGCGAGGAGCAAGGAUAGCUGGGAGGAAAAUGAGUUUAGGAGCUUUUAAGAAGGUUUUGGAGAAACUUGCUGCUGAGGGUUAUGACUUCUCUAAUCCAAUCGAUUUGAAGACUAAUUGGGCUAAACAUGGUACAAAUAAGUUUGUCACCAUCAGGUAGAUGUACUUCUUGGAUCCUAAUAUCUGUAUCCCCAUGUAUUUGGCAUGUCUCUCAUGUAAAUAUAUGUAUUUAACUAUCUGCUGAAUUUUCAGAGGUAGUUUGUAGUCUUUGAAUUUUCUCAGGCACGUGGAAUGUUCUUUGACUUGUGCCUUUUCAGAAUGUAUCUGGAUAUGCUCUUUACUGUUUGUAGUUUAGGAACAUUGAUCUUAUCGGAUGUUAAGAGCGGAAUGUAGUUGUGAAGAUUAUUUUUUUCCUUGUAA